CAGUUCUUCUCCACAAAAAACAAGAUAUCUGGACCAAGCGGCUGGCACUCCUCAAACACCGUCCUGUCAUCCACUUCAACUAAUACGAUGGCGAUUACGUCUUUGCUGUUCGUGGCUAUUCUGGUGGUUUGCCAUCGCGAAGGAGCAGCUUUUGCGGUUCCACGAUUGAAUCCUGCUCGUUCGUUGACGACGAGUCGAUCCAUGUCAACCGCCGAGACCGAUUCGGAAGUGGCCACAACAAGUAAAGGCCUCAUGACACGCGAUCGCUACGUCGCCACGAACCGUUUUGCUGUCCGCAAAGGGCAAGGACCGAAAUUUGAAAAGCGUUGGGCAACUCGUAAGAGCCGACUCGCUGAGCUGGAUGGAUUUCGGCACUUUCAUUUGAUGCGCAGAGUUGUUUUGAACGGAGACGGCAAUACAUCUUACAACGGGGGCGACAGUGACGAAGGAGCACAGGAGAAUUAUGUGUCUUUCACCGUUUGGAACAAAAAGAGCGACUUUUCCGCGUGGAGAAAUGGAGAAGCAUUCAAAGAAGCGCAUGGUGGAACUUCCAUUGGAGCCUUCCUUUCCACCAUGGUCAACAGUGCUUUGGUUUUACGAGGACCUCCUAGACCUGCCUUUUACGAUGCUUUGUUGAUGCAGUCGGUCAGGCCCGAGUCUAUCCCAGAGACAGUUGAUGGAUGGCGUCAAAUUGAGGCUGACGGCGUGACAAACUUACCGGUGGAAUGUUUCGUCAGCAUGGAAAAGUACUACGUGCCCUUGGACAAGGCCGCAGUCUUUGAGAAGGAGCUUGCAUCGCACAAGGUUGCCAUGGCCGAAGGCACGCUGGUUGCGACCCUGAUGCGUCGGGACGGCCAAGCCAAGGGCCAUGGCGUUGUCGAAAUGUCUAUGGACGAACCUAGCUACGUUGCUACCCGAAUCUACAAGGAUCAAGCUGCUUUUGACAGCGCAUUGAAAAAGACUCGACCCUUCUCGUCCGACGACAAACUAUGGUCUCGAGAACCGGAAAUGAUCCUGUACGAGGGAACCUUGGUGAUCACGAAUACACAUGGAGCCUGA